ACGGGUUUUCGUGGGUCGACAUCGCAUGUGAUAGCCAGGGAGGUCUGUAUGUAUAAAAAACGUCAACGUUCAAACAAGGUAUUAAGUUGAGUCGUUCCCGAGCAAUAGGACAGCCUUUUAGCAGUUGAUAGCUACACCAAAGAAGUUCGCCAAGUGUAUACACGCAUGGUGCAACGGUAUCAAAACGGGAGUGUUUAGGCUGCGCAGACGUGGUUGCAUCACUUUCUUCCAAGAAUUACCGUCUCUGCUUGAGUGCAGGCGCACGUAUACAUAGUAGGCAUACCGAUACAAACCAUCUUGCCCUGGAUGAACCCACUUUCAGCCGCUACUUAAUCAAGCAUCUGCAGUAAAGGCAUUUCCAGUCGUUGUGAUAUACUGUAUACGUUGUAUGUUAGACGAAAGGAUAGGUGACAUGCACUAAGUUAAGGAGAGUGGCUAUGCAGAAGAUAACGGAUAGCACACAAGAGCAAUUCCAAUAACAGGAUAUUUAAGCUGUUGACUGUAUGCUGUUUCAGUGGUUGUGUUAAGCACUGUUUAAUACAUCCACCUGGUGGGAAGAGGCAGUCAAGACUUUAAAGAAGUUGUAUGACGUGUUGUGAGGCAGAAGCUAUGUCCUCUGGUACGGGAGUCAUGCCAAUCCGUCAAGUUCAGGAUAAUGGAACGUCACGAUUUGGCACCCUAACACGCAAAACAAUAGCCGAAGGACUAUUCGACGUUGCAUUACUGAUGUCCAACGCGUCCCAGCUGAACGCUAUCUUAGCGGCCGGAAGUGGUGCCAAAUUUUACAGCAUCAUCCUUGGGUUCCUUAUAACGUCCAUUGUGCUUCAGCUCAUUGUGGGCGGGGUACUUCUCGCCAUUGCAACCCUGGAAAUAAAGCAAGAUUCAGGAAGAAAGCUGCACAGUACGCUGAACACGGUGGCCGUUGGCCUGAUCGGUUUCAUCACAGCUGUCAAUAUUUUCAUCACGGCCUUUGGAGUUAAUGUAACUAAUUCAGCCAUUGGUAACAACACCCUAUAAGGAAUAAAAAUCUUUUUACAUGCAUGGUAAACAAGUGAACGAGAACUUACGCCUGAAGAUUAUAUCUAGACCGCUGGCAGCAAAAUGUAAAAUUGCGUUUCGCACAUGCUCACAAGACCUAUUAAAAUUAAUCAAAGAACAAAGAGAUCUGUCAUUCUGGACAAAUGACAUCACAUUAGUUUGUUUAUCGUUUGAUAUUUUUUGCAAAAACCAUGACCAACAAAAUGAUAGUACAAUGAUAUAGUCAAAUAGACCAGCUAAUUACUGAUAUUUAUUUAAUUAGUUGGUGUUUUAUGUCGUAGGCCUACACAAAAAUAUUAAACUCAUACGACGGGGACCGGCAUUAUUGUUCGAG